AUGCGGCUGACCCAUCUCGUGCCCAUUCUGUUUGUCUGUUUUUCUGAAAGUGCACUUUUCUCGAGGAAUAGACGUCAGAUUUGUGAGUCAAUGAGGCUUUUAUUUGCAAAUAAGAGUACUUUGAAACUUAAGCGGUCAGCUCCAAUGCAGAAACGGAUGGCGAUGGGGACCAAGUGCUUACCGACGCAUCCACUCUUCAUUUCAAAGAUGACGAAGGUGUCGUCGGCAUGAAUGUGACCGCAUUAGGCAAUUCCAGUGGAAACGGAUCGACUGCUGUCGGAACUACCGGUGGCGGAAGCGUCGGAAAUUCUAGUGAGUUGUCAGUGUUAUAUCAAAUGCCACGUGGUUUUGAGGUGUGGAAAACGUUGGAAACGUAAUGGCGGUGGGAGACAAAUCAAACUCGUUCACCGAUAUUUUUGCGGCAGUUCAGGGAGAAAACAUAACUUCAAACCUGGUACAACAAGUCAGUCUCCUCAUUUCUACUCUUUUGAAUUUCUGUUCUAGGGUAAAGUUGUCGGACAAGGCGCCACGUUGUCAAAUGUGAAUGGCGGCAGUACAAUGCAGAACAACAGUGGAGAGAAGAGUUAGAAUCAUUAUUCAAUUUGAAAAUACCAAUGAAUUGUUCUGUCAGAAAGUGGUUCUUCGUACGGAAAUGCGGGUGGCACCGGUUCUAUUAAUUCGCAGGCUGAAAUCAGAACAGAACAGGCGAUGAGUUGGCAGCAACUGAUGGCCAAGUUGACUGGAUCCGUAUCGGCGUCCGGAUUGGGAAGUGCACAAUCUAACAUCGACAUGGGCACUGGGGUAGGCGGCAAAAGUAGGUGCAUUUAAUUGAUCAUUCAAGUGUACAUAAACUUAUAUUUUUUCCUAGAUAUGACGAUCAGUGGAUUGGUAUCGGGUCUCAACUCUGAGAAAGGAACAGUGAAUGCUUUGGUCAAUGGAAAUGGAACGAUUGAUGGGGAUAGCCAGUACAUACAGGGAAUGAUGGUAGGAUCGUCAUCUGGAAAGGGAAACUCUACACUUGUUGGAGCCAGUUCAAUCAACAGUAAUCAAUCCUCAAACUCAGGUUAGAAGAGUUAAUCAAUUCACGUCAAUUUAUCAUUUUCAGAAGUGCAAGCAUUCGGAAAUGCUAACGCGUACUCCAGCGGAAAUAGUUCUGUGAACUUGAUCUCCAACACUAAUAUUGGCAAUAAUGUAGGUUUACAUUUAUCUACAAAAACGCGCUUUCAUUUUUUCAGACCGGCCUCGGAGUAGUUCACAUUGGAGAUGCCGGACAAGGUGCAAAUAACUACAUUGUAGCAAGUAAUGGACUGAAACUGACUGAUUCUAAUCAAGAAGCUGGUAUUUCCGUCUAUAAAAUGGGGUGUACAUAAGGCCAAGCGCUUUUCCAGCAAUCAUCGGAUCUGGAGUUGUGAAAGGAAUUGGUAGCGUAGCAAACUCUAAGGCAGCGGAGAACAUCGACACCGCCAUCGAUUCCAACGGAAUUAUCAGGUACAGUUCAACUCAAUAUCAGCAGUUUUGAUCAAACUUGAAACGGUUCGGACCGGACCAAAACGUGUAUUUCUGGUUAACUUUAUAUUUCAAGAAUUCAAUCGGAAUCUGACGGACAGUCAAUUUCAAAUGACGGGACCAACUCAUCGCUGUCAAUCAGCUCAAACGCACUGGUUGGAGGAUACAAAAAUUCCAGCUACGGUUUUGAGAAGGGUUAUUUCCACUCAUGACAAUAAAUGUUCAGACGCAAUGGCAAAUGGAUACGGAGUAGCGACUGGAGAGAAGAACAACGUGACAGGAGUUGCAUACGUGGACAUAAAUGGAGUUUCUCUCAACGGAAACUCAUCUAUGAUGGUAGUUUUAUUUAAAAAAUUCUAAAAUAUCCUUAGAGUUUCAGGCAUUCGGCAGUGGAAACGGACCAGUUUCAGCUGAUACAAAGGCGGUGCUUAACUUGAACGAGAAUGGUGUUCAAAGAAGUAAGUAAAUUCCGAUUUACCUAGUACCAGUGUCCGUUCAGACGGAACUGUAGCAGGAUCAGCAUCUGGAAACGGAAACAACACAAAUGUUGAGAGCUACUCACUAAUAAGCAAUGAUCAAGGUAUCUGUUCUGUAAAUGUUGAAUUGUUUGCAAAAUGAAGCAGUUUCAGGCGUUCAAACGUUGACAAACAUUCAACAUGUUUUGUCAACCGGAUCAGGCUCUUCCAGUGUUUCAGCAUCGAGUUCAGGAAUAUUUAAAAGAAAGAAGCGUUUUUCCAUUUUAGCAGACAUGUUGAAAAAAUGA